CAAAUACUAAUAUUUGGUAUCCAGUUCCAAUAACAGAGCAAGAAGCUAAUACAUUGAAAAAUGAAAAUACAAUAAAAAAAGAAGAACUCAUUGCAAUUAUCAAUUUAAAAAUACGAAAUUUAAAUAAUGCUGAAGAAAUUGUAGAUGAAGAAAAUAUAAUUA